CUCCAAUGCUUUAAUUUCAGAAAUGACAAGCUGCAAUAAUACUCCAAUGGCGAUGAUGGGUUCUCCUCCUGCUCUCUUCCUGGCAUCUACUCUUGCUUUUAUUGCACUACUAAUUACUGCUGCUCAUGCAAGAACUCUACCAGAUUGCUCUAUCAUCAAAGCAACAAUAUUAGCUACUUAUGGGAGGCACCUGAGUCCGCCACCUCCUCCAAUAUCAUCACCAUCAACCCACCAAUUAACCAACAAUUAUGGGCGGGCCACCAAUCAUCCACCGCCACCUCCAAAGCCAGCGACACCAAAAGGGCAGCUCGGGAAUAUUGCUUCUCCAUGCGCCCAAGGACAAAGUCAUCCAUGCAAUGAUUACAUAUCCAUGGUGACAAAUUAUGGAAGAACACCAAGAUCACCUCCACCACCUCCCAAGCCAGCAUCGCUUUCCCUCCCCCUUCACCAGACACUGCAAGAAAGGUCACCUUCCAGCCAUUUCGUGGCUUCAGCUUAAGCUAAUUAAUAUCGCUUCUCUUCUCUACUCUGAUCAGAAACUUGCAUGGAUUAUCGCCUAGCUAAUAGUGAGGGUUGAAAUCCUCGAUCGCAGGUUUUCCUCGUUCUCUUAUAGUAUGGUCUUUGUGAGGUUUAUUAUCGUACAUGUGUGUAGUAUAUAUGUUGCAAUU